AUGAUUUACCUAAAGAGUAUGCUAAAAGUGAUAGAUAACUCUGGUGCUCAACUGGCAGAAUGUAUUAAAGUUAUAAGAAAGGGAUCUCCUAAAUCUCCUGGUACCAUCGGUGACAGAAUAGUAUGUGUUAUCCAGAAGUCUAAACCUCUGAAUCAAGCUAUCACAGGUACUGUAAACACUAAUAGAGUUAAGAAGGGUGAUAUCGUACAUGCUAUUAUUGUGCGUACAAAGCAAUCAAAUAUCUACCGCUCCAAUGGUUUUAACGUUCAUUUCGAUGAUAAUGCAUGUGUUCUGAUCAAUAAGAAUACUGGUGAACCAUUGGGUACCAGAAUUAUGGUUAACGAUGGUGUUGUGGGUAGGGAGCUGAUGGAUAAAGGUUAUAACAAAAUAUGUUCAUUAGCUAGUAAAAUUGUAUGA